AAGGCCGGUAGGCAAUCCAGCAGCUCACUCUUCACUGUCCUCUCAAGACUUGCAAACAUCUCUGAUAGUUGUAGUAGCUAUACAGUGUUGUCAGCUAUUUUUUUCCACAUUCAAUUUUUAAAAGCAAAUUUUAAUAUUUCAAAGAUGCCGAUUGAUUUGUACUACAUGGACGUGAGUGCUCCUUGCCGGGCUGUUAUGAUGACGGCUAAAUUGAUUGGUGUUGAGCUCAACAUGAAGAUGACUAAUUUGAUGGCUGGUGAACACAUGAAACCCGAAUUUCUGGCCAUCAACCCUCAACACAACGUACCCACCGUCGACGACAACGGAUUCUACCUGAACGAAAGCAGAGCUAUUUGCGCCUACCUCAUUAACCAAUACGCCAAAGACGAUACCCUCUACCCCAAAGAGCCCAAAGUUCGUGCCUUGGUCGACCAACGUCUUUACUUUGACAUGGGAGUCUUGUACCAAAAAUUCGGCCUAGUUUACUAUCCGGUCAUCAUGGGUGGAGCUAAAAAGUUGAGUGAAUCCGCCAUUAAAGAUUUGGCCGGCGCCAUCGACUUCUUGGAAACCUUCCUGAGUAAGACCACGUACGCCGCUGGUGAUCACCUGACCAUUGCUGAUGUUGCUUUGGUCGCAUCGGUUGCUACUAUUGAGGCGGUAGACAAGACGCAUCUGGACAACCACCCCAAGAUUCAAAAGUGGCUGGAGACAUGCAAAGCUGAAAUUCCAGACUAUCAAGAAUUGAACCAAAAAGGAGCCGAGAUGUUUGGUCAAUGGGCUCAAGGAGCUCUGGCCAAGUUGGAGUCUGCAUAAUUUUGCAUUCCAACAUGAUACCAGCAUUCCAUUUUUGAAAAAUCUCUAUUAUUAUUAAUAAAAUGUUUAUCUUUCGCAAAAUACUUACAAUCACUCUUGAAUACAAAUUUUUCCGUCUGGCA